UACAACAGAACGUGAACGCAGCACAGCAAAUGAGAGCGUGAAUAAAUAAAGGCUGUCGACUCGACAACAGCAAUGUUGAGAAAACUCUGUUUUAUACCGUGACUUUUUAUUUUACUCUUGGAUUAUGGGAAAUGAUUAUAUGUUAUGGUGCUGCGGUUGUUACUAUGACGCAUAAAACAAAGCCAAAGUUUUGUAAAAGACUAAAAUCUCAAACCACGUCAACUCAUCUGUCGUGGCAGCCAGAGGAGUCUCUGUGUGGGCACAAAGACUACGAGAAAGACCUAAAAUAUCAGGCUUUCUUUCAAAAUGGACUCAGACGUCGGCACCACUGAUCGGCCGGACUCUUUGUGUUCUGCCACUGUCCCUUUUGAUGAAGACUCAGAAGUUGAGAUCAGGAGACAGACUGCUGUGACGGGUUCAGAGUUGGAGGACUCCUGCAACCUGAUCGAGCCUCCUCCAUUAGACUGGAGGUCGGACUCCUCCAGCGAGGCGGGCUCAGCAGAGGAGCUGGAUGACCCCAGCUUUCCUCUCUCUGUUGACAAUCUGGACAUGGCCAGUCCGGGUGAGACAGUAUUACCACAUUUGGGCGUGAGUGACAUUGUGGCUCCAGUCGAUGUGAACCUGCAGGGGCUUGUGGGUAAUAUUGGUGAACCAGUCCAGGAUAUUGAGGUGGAAUUGGAAGAAGAGGAUGAAGCAGUUGAGGAAGAGGUGAGAGUUGAGGAUUUGGACGAUCUUAGGUCAUACCAGGAGGAGGUCACCUUAAGUGACAAGGCGAAUAGGGUCAGUGAAGAGGAGGUUGCUAACAAGAGAUCAGGUGAUGAAGACCACAGCCGCAUCCACACCCUGCUCAGCCAGCUCCAGCUGAUGGGGGAUGAGCCUCAUUCCAGCCGCCGGACACCACCUCCCCUCGCCCAACACCAGUACUCCAGCACGUGUGACUUGGAAGGAUGUUCUCCCUCCCUAAUAACAGACAACAGCACUGAAACCACUGGGCUGCUGUUCUCUGAAAGCCACCAAAGAGACCUGCUGGGGCUGCUGAAGUUCACAGAGAUCAGCGCUACACCCAUUGCCACCUCGCUGCCCCCCAGAGGAGAUGUGGAUGCUGUAGUGUCAGUUUCCUACAGCCAAGAGGACGCUCAAAGGUUCUGGGGGCAUUAUGGCAAUGGUCAACAGCAGCGGCACAGGGAGGACUCCAUCGCCUCCCUGCCUGAUGAUGAGUAUCCUGAGCCAGUGUGGAUGAAGCUGGGCGAGCAGCCUCCAGAGGAAGAGGAGGCUGCUGCAGAGAGUGAGCAGAGUGCUGAUCAUCCUUCAUAUAAAGACGUGCCGGGUCCGUGUGACCCUGAAGACUUGUUGGAUGGAGUGAUAUUUGGUGCCAAGUACCUGGGCUCCACUCAGAUCAAAUCAGAGAAGAACCCGUCUACAAACGCCCGUAUGAGACAGGCUCAGGAGGCUGUGGACCGCAUUAAGGCUCCAGAGGGAGAGUCCCAGCCAAUGACCGAGGUGGAUCUGUUUAUCUCAACCCAGCGAAUCAAAGUUCUCACUGCAGACACACAGGAAGCCAUGAUGGAUCAUGCUCUACAGAUGAUCUCUUACAUUGCAGACAUUGGCAGCAUUGUCGUCCUGAUGGCACGAAGGAAACGUAAAUGUCAGAAUGGGGAGCCGGCCUCUAACUCUUCCUCUUCCUCCUCAUCCGGGCCUCAGAAGAAGUGCAUAAUGAUCUGCCACGUCUUCUCCUCUGACGAUGCCCAGGUCAUAGCCCAGGCUAUCGGUCAGGCGUUCGGAGUGGCGUACCAGCAGUUUCUUCAGGCCAGCGGCAUCAAGGCCAGUGAUCUGAGGCCUGGCGAGUACAGCGACUACCUGGAAAGUCAGGAGCUCUACAACGGAGACCUGGCCCACUUCUCUGACUCUCAGAACAUUCGAGACGUUGCCAUCACCAAGGCUGCUGGAGAGAUCUUGGGUCUGGCGGUGGUGGAGUCAGGCUGGGGCUCUAUCCUGCCCACUGUGGUGGUGGCCAACCUGCUCCACGGAGGACCUGCGGAGCGCUGCGGCGAGCUCAGCAUCGGCGACCGCAUCAUGUCUGUCAAUAGCACCAGCCUGGUGGGUCUGCCCAUCACCACCUGCCAGAACAUCAUCAGGGACUUAAAAAGCCAAAAGUAUGUGAAGCUUAGCAUUGUCCACUGUCCCCCUGUCACUAUGGCAAUUAUCAGGAGGCCAGAUACCAAGUUUCAGCUGGGCUUCAGUGUGGAGGACGGCAUUAUCUGCAGUCUGAUGCGGGGCGGUAUAGCAGAGAGAGGAGGCAUUCGUGUUGGGCACCGCAUCAUUGAAAUCAAUGGGCAGAGUGUCGUCGCCACACCGCACGAAAAGAUCAUCCAAAUCCUGACCAAUGCUGUCGGAGAGAUUCACUUGAAGACCAUGCCAGCCUCAACGUAUCGACUCUUAACAGGACAAGAGCAGCCAGUGUUUCUUUGAACACUUUCUCCUGCAUCAAGGACAAAAAAAUCUGCACAGUGUUAAAGUAACAUUAACUUUCACCAAACUAAGAAAGUAUUAUGCAAUUGAUCAUACAGCCUGUCAUUCGCUGUUGUCAAAACACUGAAUACAACAAAAACGUUUAGCCAUUUAUUUUUAAGAUGUAAAGUACUUUGUAAUACUGUGUGAAAGCAUAUUUUAAAGUGACAGGGAUAGAUGGUAGCUCUCCACUUAUAUUUAUUGGAUAUUUUAUCAUGCAGGCAGUAACUAAGAUUCAAUAAUUAAUAUACGGAAUAUAUUUUGAUUUCACUAACUUUUACAUUGUGGUGAAUGGUGUUGAGUUUACUGUACUCUAGAGUUUUUGGUCUUCCAGCCUGGUUGCCAUGUGUGCCUGAGCUGAACGUGCUUGCAGGGGAAACCUUAUUGAAUCGGGACUGUAUUAGUCUGUGUAUUGCAAUGUAAUGUACUCCCAGUCCCUCGCAUGCACAUGCAUAUCAUCAAGUGUCUGUCAACGCUUCAGAGCGCUCUAGUUCAUUCAAACAAUGCUUCCUUGACUGCCUGACAGGAAGCAGAUAUCAUGCACAAUAAAAGGUAACUGCCUUAUUUCAUAGAGAUGCUUAUUUUUUUAAGAAUUGUCUGUUUUGGAUGUUCAUUAAAAUGAUGUCUAAG